GAUGUUUGUGACAUCAUGUCCCCGCGCGGAUGGGACAUGCACGAGACGGUGCCUUCGCAUACCGCUUUGGCAGCUCAGGCGGCGCAGCGUCAAGCACGCCGCGAUGCUCCACAUCACGGGCCUUCCGAGUACUUGUCUCGUGUUACGGUGCUGUUGCCGCGUGAGCUUCCGGUUCCGGCUGUCAUUCCAGAGGAUGCGCCUGAGCCGCUCCGUGGCAUUCCCGUGGGGUCCAAAAUGUUGCAGUGCCAUGAGGUUCAGAAGGGGGGUUCUAUCGUCAAGGAGGCAACUUUUGGGAUUUUCAGAACUCCAGAUGCUUUUGUCAAAGAGGCAUUGAAGAUGACACAUCCCUUCGAGCUGCCUACAGAGCUCGACUCGUCUAACGUUCAGGCGAUGGCAAAUAUUUUGUCUUCGGGAGUCCAAGGGACAUGUAAGUUCCGCGAGGGUGUUCUGCGACACUACGAACAGCGGGCGGCAUGUCUUGAACAGGCCGAGCAAGAGUUGAAAAGCAAGAUGCAUCCAGAGGCUCUUAAGGAUGCCGGGGUGAAUGACCAGCACCUUGUUGAUGAUCUCACUCAUGGUUUCAGGAUCACGGGCGAGCUUAGGCGGGCAUCUAAAGAUCCGGAGGUGGCAAGGGCAGUAUGGCGAGAAACUUUGGAGCAGAAGGAAAAGAACUGGCUGCGCGGCCCGUUUACCUUUGAUGAGAUCGACCAGAAAUACGAAGGCACGUGGAUUGCUUCCAAACGUUUUGGGGUGGUCCAGGGAGAGAAGACUCGGGCAGUCGAUGACCUAUCCGAAUUCUUGAUCAAUGCUUCAGUGACGGAGACCGACAAGGUUAUCUUGGAUGCAGUGGAUAGCAUCGUCGCAACCGCCCGCUUCUUGGUGGGAUCCCCUUGCGAGGAUGGCGAGUCCUUUAGGCUGCCGUGUAGCGAUGGGUCCAGCUUCUCAGGAUUUCUUCACGAAGACUUUCGGGGGCAGGGCGGAUCACUACAGCUAUACGGCAGAGCCCUGGACUUAAAAGCAGCCUACAAGCAGCUGGCGCGGCAUCCGGAGGAUGCGUGGGCAACCGUGCUUGCAGUGCUAUGCCCGGAGGAUGACAGAGUUUACUUCUUUGAGGCGGUGGCCCUUCCAUUUGGAGGGGUCAGCGCCGUGACUGGGUUUAAUCGCGCAGCUAGGUCGCUAAAGCUUGCUAUGUCGAGAUUGCUGUGGAUAAUCAACACGUCCUACUACGAUGACUUCUGUCAGAUCGAGGUUUCGGGCUUGGAGACGUCAGCUGCACAGGCCGCCGAGCGAUUUAUGGCUCUCCUCGGAUGGGAGAUCGCGAGGGGCGAUAAGCUUAAGCCUUUCAGCCCUUCGUUCAACAUCCUCGGUGUGACUGUGUCUUUCGAGCGUUCCUUGCAAGGCGUGAUUGAGGUUUCCAACAAACAGGAACGGCUGCCUGACCUGUGGAAGCUUCUUCUUGAGAUGGAGUCAGACCCAGGGCUCAGGCUUGACACGCUUGCGUCCUUUAAAGGUCGGAUGCUUUUCGCGACGAGCCAUGUCUUCGGCCGAUGCGCUCGGAUCUGCACGCAACUUAUAGGCCAGGCGUUGAAGGCUGCUAGACCUGAGGAGGCCAGGGAUCACGUGCUGAAGGCGGCAAGGCUAGCUUUGGCAGUCCUCAGCGAGGCCGGUCCUCGCGAGGUUCUUAGGUGGGGCGAGGCUCCACCCGUCUUGGUCUUCACCGAUGGUGCUUGCGAAAAGGACGGUGCUCUUACGACCCAUGGGGCAGUCCUCUUGGAUCCUGCCACGGGAGUCCAAGAGUUCUUUGGGGAGCGUGUGCCAGACUUUCUUGUGCAACGUUGGCGAGGUCAGGGCCUCAAGCAGCUUGUCUUCUUUGCAGAGAUGUUGCCGGUAGCCGUGGCCAAGGCUACGUGGCAACAUAUCCUUAGGAACCGCUUGUGCAUUUUCUUUCUGGAUAAUGAAGCUGCUCGGGCCUGCCUCAUCCGAUCCUUCACGCCCGUCGCCAAUGCAACCAGCAUUCUCAUGGAUGUUGCAAAGCAGGAUGUGGCGUCACAUUCCUUGAACUGGUACUCGCGAGUGCCCUCAAAGAGUAACAUUGCUGAUGACGCAUCGUGGUAUUUAGCUUUCUUUUCGAAGCCGCAAUAG